AUGGACCAUGUCAAGAAGAAUUUCACCUUGAUGGGAAUCAGUGUCGUUUUAUUAGCAGUGAGAGUGAUCGGUGCAGUCGUAGAUGUGGAAUUACAAAGUGGUUCUAACCAAAAGGAUAUAGACUUGCUUUGCCAGCACACUGAUUACAAGCCAGCAUUUCGAAAAAGUAUUGCCAAUGUAAACAACACAAAUAAUCCAAGAGAGCUUGUGAAGGAGGCUUUUAAGUCUGUAUUACUCGCAAUAAAAGAAGUUACAACCCAAGAGGCUCAGCGAACUGGGCGGGUUAGCCAUAGGCUUCUAGAAAAGGGCCCAAACGAUAAUGCAUGGUGGGCUACAGAUAAGAAGCGGUCAAAUCUUAAUGUUGAUCCAAAAGCAUUAAAGCCUAAUGUAGUUGUGGCUCAAGAUGGUUCAGGAACGUUUAGUACCAUCAUGGAUGCGGUUAGAAGUGUUCCCCAAAAUAACAAGCAUCGGUUUAUCAUCUUCAUUAAGCAAGGGACAUACAUGGAGUAUGUAGACAUACCAGAUGGUGUUGAUAAUGUCGUUUUCAUUGGCGAAGGUCCAACCAAAACCAGGAUCUCCGGAAGCAGAAGCUACGAUGAUGUAAAUGAUACUUACAGGACAGCUACUGUUGGGGUCAAUGGAGCUGGCUUUAUGGCGAAAGGCAUAGGGUUUGAGAACACGUCGGGGCCACUUAAGCAUCAGGCAGUCGCCCUGCGUGUCUCUGGUGACAGGGCCAUUUUCUACAGCUGUGCAAUGGAUGGAUACCAAGACACCCUUUAUGCUGAGUCACAACGCCAGUUUUACCGCCAUUGCACCAUCAGGGGAACAGUUGAUUUUAUUUUUGGUGACGCCCAAGCUGUCUUCCAAGACUGCAAGAUAAUUGUCCGAAAACCCCUUGAAAACCAAGGUUGUGUGGUUACAGCCCAAGGACGGAAGGACCCCACAUCAAAAAGUGCACUAAUCAUUCAGGGCUGCACCAUCACAGCGGAACCAGCCUACAUGGCCACCAACCCAAUGCCAAAAUCCUACCUGGGCCGCCCAUGGGAAAUGUACUCGAGAACCAUAAUCAUGCAGUCGUUUAUUGACAGAAACAUAGCCCCAGAAGGGUGGUUACCAUGGGACGAAACAAGAGUCGGGCUUGACACAUGUCACUAUGCAGAGUUUAACAAUAAAGGACCAGGGGCUAACACAACCCAAAGGGUAAAUUGGAAGGGUGUCAAGAAAAUAAGCCCACAAGAGGCUGAUAGUUUUACUCCUGGGAAAUAUAUAAAUGGAGGUUUAUGGAUUAAGCCAACCCGUGUCCCUUAUGAUCCCGGAAUGAUGAAUGUCUAA